GUUCCCGUAUGUGCCCGAGGCCGUAAUCUUAUCCUUCAAGGUGGUUUAGAGGUCAUAAUGUCAACGUUUUGAACAAAGCAGACAAGAAAGAAAAUGGCGCCUGGGAGCUGGCUAGUGUUUCUGUGCGUGUUUUUGCCGUUAGGAGGGGCGGUCACCCCGCCGUUUAUGAACUAUAUCCGACCGCCCCCUAAACAGGACGAGUACGAUUUCUACUGGCAUGUGGGGUACUGGGAGACCAUGUUCGAGUACGACGAGGAACGGGAUGCGGGCAGGCCCGUACAACUCACCGGGCUGAACCGGUUCGGCAGGCGGGAGACAAAUCGUGACGACCCUAACAACUGUGGCAAUCUGACGCCCUUAACGGCUGAGGAGAGCAGGACGGUUGUUGUGGCGGAUGGAUUCCACCGGAAGUUGAUCGCGGUCAACCGGACGUUGCCAGGACCCACCAUUGUCGUCUGGAAAAACGCCCAGGUGGCCGUUCAUGUGACUAACAAGUUGAUACAAGAAGGUAUCUCAAUCCACUGGCACGGCAUCACCCAACACAACACGCCGUGGAUGGACGGGGUGGGCGGCGUGUCACAGUGUCCCAUCAACCCGGGGGAGAGUUUCACGUACAGGUUCAAUGCCACAGAAGGAGGAACACACUGGUGGCACGCCCACUUAGGCACCUUCAGGACAGACGGACUGUACGGGGCGCUUAUUGUACUGGAGGAGGAGCCAAGAUUGCCGGCCUUUUCGCGUGAAUUCAUUGUUCUGCUCCAUGACUGGCAAAGGGAGGAAUCACUGGAUAUAGCUCUCAGGGUCAACUGGGAAGCCUCAAGGUUUUCCUACGGGUACGAUAACAACUCCCAGUGUUACUAUAACAAACGGCAACAUGACGGCACGGAGAUCGCACCCAUACCGUUUGUGUCAGGACUCAUCAACGGGAAAGGCCGCCGUUACUACAACGACGGGUUGGAGUCUGAAAAUCAGAACGUCCCUUUGGAGACUUUCGAGGUGCAUUCUGGGGUCAAUUAUCGCUUCCGGGUCAUCAGCGCUGCCAUGAGCUACGCCUUCCGGGUCUCCAUCGACCGACACGAGCUGACUAUGAUCGCUACUGACGGUAACAGAAUCAAGGAUGAAAAGGCAGAGUCUUUCAUCAUCAACACAGGAGAGAGAUUUGACUUCUACAUCUCUACAAAAAACAAGCCGGUUCAGAACUACUGGUUACGCGCGGAGACACUGGAGGACACUGACAUCUAUGGGACUGCAGUGCGGCCACAUUCUGCCAAGGCUAUACUCCACUACCAAGGAGCGCCCGUGGAUAGCGACCCCGCCACUACAAGGAGACCAUGCGACGCAUCCAAUGACUGCACUGUGGUCAACUGUCCAUUUGAAAACUAUCCACCCGGCAGCUAUAAAACAUGUAUGAACGUCCACGAGUUACGGUCUGCUCUUAAUGAGGACGCUCCUCGGCGGGAGAGCAAGUGGGAGGAACACUUCAUCAACUUCCACUUCUCUGGGAACGAGCUGAACGGGGCUCAGCGGUCUUCUGUCAACGGACAUCGCUUCAUACCACCGAGGUCUCCUCCAACG